AAGCUCCUGCCAAAAUAUAUAACUAAAUAAAUUUACACAUUAGGUCGUGAAAAUAUUAAAAAAAAUCCACUGUCAAACUUAGUAACUAUUUUAAUAACUAAUUAUGAUUUCUAGUUCUAGUUUUUAAUGGAGUAAAAGUGUAGUAUAAAUACGUUAUCAAUAACUUAAUAUAAGAUAUUAACGUAAGUUGAAAUGGAAGAUAAUUUUUCGAACGAUGACGAAAUGAAGGAUUCUUCUGUGAGUCCUAAAUUUGGGGGUAAAAAGCUUAAAUUAAACGAUGGGAGUUCGCAUGAUAGUCUCAAAGAAAUCGCCUCCGGGAGUAAAGAUGAACAAGACGAGAAUGUUGAUAGUGGGGUGUCAGCUGACAAAUCUGAAAGCACGAGUAGCGACGAUCGAGCUGUGUCCGCCGUAGAGGGACCGGCUAACGAAGUCGUGAACGCAGCCCCUUCUGGCAGCAAUGUUGGUGCUAUUCUUCUUGACAUAAGACGUUCGAGGCGAUCGAGGAACUACAGAAAACGAAGAACUCCUGACAGAGAUUCGGGCAGUGAUAACUCUUCUAGAGAUUCAGAUGAUUUAUCAGCUGAAGAAGUACCAGAAUCUAGCAGAGCAGAAACAACAGAUGGAGAAUCAGCAACAGAUUGUACUAAUAGUUCACCCAGUGUAAGCAGUUCUGAUAGUUCAUCAGAAAGCAAUGAGAGCUUAGAAAUUGAAGGCGACGAAGGAGAGGGUGCACCACCUAACUUAGAUACAGACAGUGAUGAUGAUUCAUGGCUCUGGAAUAAUCGUAAUAAUGAAAAUAAGGGUGAACCACCAGCUGUACUUUUUAAGACUCGACCAAAACAUUCAUAUUUGAUUUUAAGAGAAAUUAUAAAUCGUGAGCUCGGUCUGACAUUUCCUUGCGGCAAAACGAUACAGAAUGACGUGAUGUUUGAACAGAAGUUCUAUGGAUCACUUCAUGCAGUUUAUAGACUAGAAAAGUUACAUAGCCUUUUGAAACAUAGAGGAUGUGUAAAUUCAAUAAAUUUUCACCCAGAAGGACGGCUGCUAGCUUCCGGUUCUGAUGACACAAACGUCGUGGUAUGGGACUGGGCGAAAAAGAUUCCACUGCAGAUAACCAAAACUGGGCACAAGUCGAACGUUUUCCAGAGCAAAUUCUUGUAUCUCAAUGCUCAGAGUCAACUCAAUAUCGCUACUUGUGCUCGAGACGGCCAGGUGCGGCUGCUGUCGCUGCCGGCGGCGGGCGGCGCGGGGGAGGCGCGGCGGCUGGCGGCGCACGCGCGCGCGGCGCACAAGCUGCACGUGUGGCCCGGCGACCCGCACCUCGUCGUGUCGGCCGGCGAGGACGGCGUCGUCAUGUGCUCCGACGUGCGCGCCGACAAGGCGCUCAAACUGAUCCACGUGAAGUACGCGUCGACGAACUCGAUCCCGCUGUACAGCGUGGCGGGCCACCCGCUGCGGCGCCACGAGCUGCUGCUGGCGGGCCGCGACAAGUUCGUGCGCGUGUACGACACGCGCCAGCCCGCGCUGCCGCUCGCGCGCUACCGGCCCGGCCACUUCCACGACAAGGCGAAUAAAGAUGCAGCCCGCAAACUUAGGUCUACGAUGCAUCUAACCUGCGCCAUUUACAACCAUGACGGAACGGAAAUAUUAGGUUCUUAUAAUGACGAGGAUAUAUAUUUGUUUGAUGCCAAGGAAGAUCUGUAUGAAGAUCACUCCGGAAAUGACGAUAAAGAUGGAUACACGCAUCGAUACAGCGGCCACUGUAACAGCGCCACUUUCAAGGUGUACAAGGGAGUCGCAUUCUUUGGACCCAAGAGUGAAUACAUCGUAUCCGGUUCAGACUGUUCCUACAUUUAUAUGUGGGAGAAGAAGUCUGAGGCAAUCGUGCAAUGGAUGGAGGGAGACAAAAAAGGAGUAGUUAAUUGUAUAGAAACUCAUCCCCGCUUCCCCGUCAUGGCGACGAGCGGACUAGAUAAAGAUGUCAAAAUAUGGAUACCUAAGCGAGAAGCCGACCCAACGUACGAGGGAAUGGAAAAGGUGGUACGUGACAACAGCGAGCCGAGUCCUUUGUUCAAUGAUUUUUUACCUACACUCUAUAGUACGUGGCACGGCGGGCGACAGUUCGGGCUCAUGUCGGAAGACGACUCGGCGGCUAACUACGGCGGGAACAUUGAAUUUGAUGGAAAUGUCUGCACCGCCUUUUAGGCCUUGUAAAAACCUCCUGCGCAAUUAAUUACUUAUAUAUUUAUUAUGAUUAAUAAAAUAAUAAUACACUCUCAUAAAGGAAAUAAUCCAGAUUCCAUUAGACCCAAGAUUUAGUUCUUAAGACAUGUUUAAAAAAAAGUAAAACGGAUAUUCGGCUAGUCUAUACAUAUUAGUAUAGAAUUUUGUCUUUUUAGACGAAAACCAUGUUUUUUUUUAUUUAUUUAUUAGUAUAUAUCUACAUAUUCGAUUAAAACUAAACAAAUUGGUGUCGUUGGUAAUUAAAUAGUUGGGAAUUUACAUCGAAUAGUCACUUUUUUUUCUUUUUUUAAACUUUAGUUUCAGACCGUGAGCGUAACAUAAGCGCUAAGUUAAAUUUAAUUAUUACAUAAAUUUUAAAUACUUUGUUUUAAUAUAGAUAGAUAAAAGUGAUGAUAAUUGAUUGGCAGGAGGUUUUACGGUUAAGACAAUGAAAGUCUAAUUGUUAAUAAUGUGAAGUUGUGUUUUUUUAUUUAAAUAAUUAUUUGAUGUUUACAUAAAAGCUACAAGAAUAAUUAUAUUCUCAUUACUGAUUUACAUUACCAUUUUAUAUUUGUAAAUAUUACACAGAACCAUAAAAAGUUAUCGAAUAUAAUUUUUAAAAAACACUUUCAAUAAAAAAUAAUCAUUGAUAUCUAUUUAAACUUAAAAUUUAUCAUAAUUAUUUUCCCAUUGAGAAGUCUUCAAACCUAUUCACACUUAACUACGGCACGGUUCUGUCUAAACAUAUAUUCAAAAGUUAACUAUUAUACAAAAACUAGACGCAGCCUAACGUCUAUAUUGACAUUUUUAAUAUUUAAAGAUUAGGCAUUACAUAUUUCAGGCAGGUGGACAGGAUUGAAACAAAAUAAUUUUUGAUAUGUUAUUUCAGGUCAUAUUAGGAUUUCGAGGAGUCAAUCAUAAAUUUUAAAAGGAAUAAACUUAUCAUUAUCAGCUAAAAAUAUAUUUAUAAUAAUUCCUUUGACUGCUCUCUUCCGUAUAUUCAUUCGGAUUUACGUCUUACUAACAUGGGAACAACCAAUUUGUUUCAUGAAUUCAUCAUUAUUCUGAGGUCUAUAUCUUAAUUUUCUAAAUCUGUCUACAUUUAAUACAGAGGCCAAAUAACACUAUUCAAAAUAUCAUCUAGUUUUAGUUCUACAUGGACAUCUACAUCGCGCCGCUUAGAUGGAUGUUAAACAUCCAAAACUGAUUUGAAUUGACUAACCAUAUAUCUUUCAGUUUUCUUAGUUAAUUUUAAUUGCGUUUAUGAUACGCUGCAUUAGUUGAUUUUUCGUUAGUAUGGUUGUUUAUUUUAGUUAAUCCAGCGAGUUAUCAUUCAGGGGCUUCUUAUGUCAAAUAUGUAUCUAAGAGAUACAAAAUUACAAUUUAUAAAGUCCACGUCAUUAACGAAGUUCUUUCUUAGCAAAAUAUACCAAUGCAUCUGCAUGUUACUUAUAUAUAAUUCAUGUCGUAUAAAUAGUAUAUUUGUAGCUAGUGUAUCACAUGCUUUAUGAUAAAGUGAUCUAUGGUCAAUGUGAUCGAAAUCACAAAGCUUGGUCAAAACUUUUUAUUAAAAUUGAGUUAUAUACUCAUAUUGUCGUUAAGUUAUAAAAAUGAGAGUUAUAUUUUAAAUAUUGUAACUUUAUUCACUCAUGGAAUAUGAACGUGGAAAAUCUUAUGCCUGUGAUAUGUUUUUAAUUUGUGAAAAUGAAUGUGUAGAUAAAUUAAGCCCUUUUGUAUGUUCACUGUGCAUCAUUUAGUUUUUAGGCUAGUUUCAAUAAUGUUAGAUGAUUAUUUAAUUUUCCUAUAAUUAAACUUGCAUAUUACAAUA